CCCAGUUCAGCGCCCAGGACAUCAACCGCCUGCUGGAGGAGACCCAGGCCGAGCUGAUGAAGGCCAUCCCGGACCUCGACUUCGCCGCCAGGCACAUCAACAAGCCGGCAGUGCCCCCCAAGCCCCAGAUCACCAUCCCGAUAACCUCCAUCACAGCCACGUCUCCUGCGGCUGGGACCACUGGGACCACAGCCAAUACCACAUCAACCACCACACCCAGCGGGGACCAGCAGCCUGGCAAAGUGCAGCUGGCUGCCCAGAAGCUGAACAGCAUGGAGGGGGCCGGUUCACAUCGAGGGUCGGUGGAUCUGAACGUGGCCAGGUAUCGCACAGAGAAACCCUCCAAGUCUCCGCCUCCACCGCCGCCUCGCCGAAGCUUCCCGUCAGCGCACGGCCUCACCACCAACCGCACCGGAGAGGUCAUCGUCACCAACAAGAAUAUGAAG